AAGAAGCGAGCCACCAGCAGGGAGUGAAAAUCGGGCCUUCGCCAUUUCCGAACCGAAAUUCCUUGGCUCGAGGAAUUACAGGCAUUAAAGAGAGAAAGAGAGACCCUUUCCUUUCUCUCUCCUAAUUCAUCGCGCCGUUUGUCUCUUCCCUCAUCACCCUCUUCUCCAAACCCCUCGUUUUUAGCCCUCUCUCUCUCUCUGUUGGAAAUAAGAAGAAAAGAAGAUAUGGGUAGGGUGAAACUGGAGAUAAAGAGAAUAGAAAACAACACAAAUAGACAGGUUACGUUCUCAAAGAGAAGGAAUGGACUCAUUAAAAAGGCAUAUGAGCUCUCUAUCUUAUGUGAUAUCGAUAUUGCUCUUAUCAUGUUCUCUCCCUCUGGUCGUCUCAGCCACUUCUCCGGCAAGAGAAGGAUUGAAGAGGUGCUUACUCGUUACAUAAAUCUUCCAGAUCAUGAUAGAGGAGGGGCUGUUCAAAAUAGAGAGUAUUUGAUCCGGACCUUAAAGAAACUGAAGUGCGAAAGCGACAUGGCCGCUCAACUAGCAAAUCCGGGAGCCGUUAGCUCUAACGUGGAGGAGCUCCAACAAGAAAUCAGUAGGUUUCAACACCAGAUACAGAUGGCCGAGGAAAGGCUAAGGAUUUUUGAACCAGACCCUCUGAAGAUCACAUCCAUAGGUGAGUUCGAGUCGUGCGAAAAAUUCCUUUUGGACGCUUUGACGCGUAUCACACAAAGAAAGAAAUAUUUAUUGAGCAACCAUCUAUCAUCCUAUGAUCCCUCGAGUAUACAGAUGUAUUUGGAUUCACAAGAAGGAAUGCCAAACUCAUUUGAAAGCGAGGUCGUAAAUUGGCUGCCCGACAAUGCCCACAACCCCGGCCACUCGUUCGUUGGAUCUGACCCUUUGAUUCCCCUCAGGGACCACUCUAUGUCGAUCUAUGACCCACUCUCCCACGGGCCGAGCCUACACGUUGAUCCUCGCACGGGAGAGUGCCACGUCAGCAACGAGAACGACGGAAACCUAAGAGGCUGGCAGCAGGCGUACACUUCGUCGGAGCUCCUCUCUUCACUAAUUCCAUCGCCUUCCUUCCCUCUAAUCCAGCAUGGAAUGGCGGGCCCGGACAUGCCCCCCAUAAUGUCACGUGAGCAGGUGGAGACCCCAUCCAGCUGCUCCCACGUGCCUGCUACGGACGAAGGUGCCACCUACGAGAGCCACGUGGCAGAGCUGAACGUCGAUUGAUGCGAGACGUGUUGGACUAUUUUCUUUGGUACGUCACGUCGGAACAAAACAGGUAUGUUCAAUAGUGUAUACAUGGCGCUGCUAGUUUGCGCCGGGUGCGGACGGGCCUCUAGCUUCUUCACCUAGUAGAAUUCAAACAGAAGAAACGGGAUUUGUUCUACAAUGCGCCG